AAAUCGACGACGCGGAACUGCGAAGACUUGGUAGGAAAAGGCGCCUGCAGAAAGCAGUGUAUGUUCAGCGAAGGCGCCCCAAGGAUCGUGUCUACAGUGAGUACACUGGUGGAGUACAGCGGGCAUCGACGAUGCAUGUGCAAUGCAAAAACGCAAGGUGCUAGCCAGAGAUAG